UUUGCCAGGGCGGUUAAAUGCGGCUCCGGGAGAGUUGACAGGCGUGGACGGGGCAUAGCCGAGGCACUAAAAUACAGUCUUACAUAUAAAAAAAUUAGUUGUUAUUAGCACGUUGGGUGUGGAGCAUUUCAGGAAAUUUUCAAAAAAAAAAAUCCAGCAAAUAUGGGACUUGGAGAAGGAAGGGAUCAAUACGAGUUGGCAGCAACCUCGGAGCAGGGAGGUAAGAAGAAAGUCAAGGCAAAGAAGAAGGAGAAGGACAUGGAUGAGCUCAAGAAGGAAGUGGAUUUGGAUGAUCAUAAGCUGAGCCUGGAUGAGCUGCAUCGCAAGUAUGGCACAGAUCUGAGCAGGGGACUGACUGCUGCUCGUGCCUUGGAGAUUCUGGCCCGUGAUGGGCCAAAUGCCCUGACCCCUCCCCCUACCACACCAGAGUGGGUGAAGUUCUGUAAGCAGAUGUUUGGUGGCUUCUCCAUGCUGCUGUGGACAGGGGCCAUCCUCUGCUUCCUUGCCUAUGGCAUCCAGGCCGCUAUGGAGGAGGAGCCAGCCAACGAUAAUCUGUACCUGGGUGUUGUGCUUUCUGCUGUCGUUAUCAUCACUGGCUGUUUCUCUUACUACCAAGAAGCCAAAAGCUCCAAGAUCAUGGACUCCUUCAAGAACCUGGUCCCUCAGCAAGCCCUGGUAAUCCGUGAUGGUGAAAAGAAAAGUAUUAAUGCUGAAGACGUGGUAGUCGGUGAUUUGGUGGAAGUGAAGGGAGGAGACAGGAUCCCUGCUGAUCUGCGUAUCAUAUCCGCUCAUGGCUGCAAGGUGGAUAACUCCUCCCUCACUGGUGAAUCUGAGCCUCAGACACGCUCCCCUGACUUCUCCAAUGACAACCCCCUAGAGACCAGGAACAUCGCCUUCUUCUCCACCAACUGUGUUGAGGGCACAGCCCGUGGUGUCGUGAUCAACACUGGUGACCGCACUGUGAUGGGCCGCAUCGCUACCCUUGCCUCCGGUCUCGAAGUCGGGCGUACCCCCAUCUCCAUUGAGAUCGAGCAUUUUAUCCACAUCAUUACGGGCGUGGCUGUCUUCCUGGGCGUGUCCUUCUUCAUCCUCUCCCUCAUCCUGGGGUACACCUGGCUGGAAGCUGUCAUUUUCCUCAUCGGAAUCAUUGUUGCCAAUGUGCCUGAGGGCCUCCUGGCCACCGUCACAGUGUGUCUGACGCUGACUGCCAAGCGCAUGGCCAAGAAGAAUUGCCUGGUGAAGAACCUGGAAGCUGUGGAAACCCUGGGCUCCACUUCCACCAUCUGCUCUGACAAGACCGGCACACUAACCCAGAACCGCAUGACCGUGGCCCACAUGUGGUUCGACAACCAGAUCCAUGAGGCAGACACCACGGAGAACCAGAGCGGAACCUCUUUUGACAGGAGUUCUGCCACCUGGGCUGGCCUGGCUCGCAUUGCAGGCCUCUGCAACCGGGCUGUCUUCCUGGCUGAGCAGAGCAGCGUGCCCAUCCUCAAGAGGGAUGUGGCUGGUGAUGCCUCUGAGUCUGCCCUGCUGAAGUGUAUUGAGCUGUGCUGUGGGUCUGUGAAGGACAUGAGAGAGCAGUACACCAAGAUUGCAGAAAUCCCCUUCAACUCCACUAACAAGUACCAGCUCUCCAUCCACAAGAACCCCAACUCCUCUGAGCCUAAACACCUCCUGGUAAUGAAGGGGGCCCCAGAGAGAAUUCUGGAUCGCUGCUCCACCAUCAUGAUCCACGGCAAAGAGCAGCCCCUUGAUGAUGAGAUGAAGGAUGCCUUCCAGAAUGCCUACCUGGAGCUGGGUGGGCUGGGAGAGAGAGUGCUCGGAUUCUGCCAUUUCAUUCUCCCUGAUGACCAGUUUCCAGAGGGCUUCCAGUUUGACACAGAUGAGGUGAACUUCCCCACUGAGAACCUUUGCUUUGUUGGCCUCAUGUCCAUGAUCGACCCACCUCGUGCUGCUGUACCUGAUGCUGUGGGGAAGUGCAGAAGCGCUGGAAUCAAGGUUAUCAUGGUAACCGGUGACCAUCCAAUCACUGCAAAGGCCAUUGCUAAGGGUGUGGGUAUCAUCUCUGAGGGCAAUGAGACUGUAGAAGACAUUGCUGCUCGUCUGAACAUUCCUGUUCAUGAAGUCAACCCUAGAGAUGCUAAAGCCUGUGUGGUCCAUGGUGGAGACCUGAAGGAUCUGACCUCUGAGCAGCUGGACGAGAUCCUUAAGCACCACACUGAGAUUGUGUUUGCCAGAACCUCUCCCCAGCAAAAGCUGAUCAUUGUGGAAGGCUGCCAGCGACAGGGUGCCAUCGUGGCUGUGACGGGAGAUGGUGUUAAUGACUCCCCUGCUCUGAAGAAGGCCGACAUUGGUGUUGCUAUGGGCAUCGCUGGUUCAGACGUCUCCAAACAGGCUGCUGACAUGAUCCUCCUAGACGACAACUUUGCUUCAAUUGUGACUGGGGUGGAAGAAGGUCGUCUGAUCUUUGACAACUUGAAGAAAUCAAUUGCCUACACCCUGACUAGCAACAUUCCUGAGAUCACCCCCUUCCUCCUCUUCAUCAUUGCCAACAUCCCCCUGCCCCUUGGCACUGUCACCAUCCUCUGCAUUGACCUGGGCACUGACAUGGUUCCUGCUAUUUCCCUGGCCUAUGAAGCUGCUGAAAGUGACAUCAUGAAGAGGCAGCCCCGAAACCCCAAAACAGACAAGCUGGUGAACGAGAGACUCAUCAGCAUAGCUUAUGGUCAAAUCGGUAUGAUCCAGGCUCUGGCUGGUUUCUUCACCUACUUUGUCAUCCUUGCUGAGAAUGGCUUCCUUCCAUCUAAGCUGCUUGGCAUCCGUGUGAGCUGGGAUGACAAGUACAUCAACGACCUGGAGGACAGCUACGGCCAGCAGUGGACAUAUGAGCAAAGGAAGAUUGUGGAGUUCACCUGUCACACAGCUUUCUUCACCAGCAUUGUGGUCGUGCAGUGGGCAGAUUUGAUUAUCUGUAAGACCAGGAGAAACUCUGUCUUCCAGCAGGGAAUGAAGAAUAAAAUCCUCAUCUUCGGAUUGUUUGAAGAAACAGCCCUGGCCGCCUUCCUGUCUUACUGCCCAGGAAUGGACAUCGCUCUCAGGAUGUACCCACUCAAGCCCAACUGGUGGUUCUGCGCCUUCCCUUACUCGCUCCUCAUUUUCAUUUAUGACGAAAUCCGGAAACUUAUCAUCCGACGCAGCCCAGGAGGGUGGGUGGAAAGAGAGACGUACUACUAGUGCAUUCCAUCUGCAGUUCUUUCAUAUGGUAGUCUUGCUGCUCUGAAUUUUAACCUCAGUAAUGUUUGGAUGUUUUAUAUAGACUGCUCUACACAAAACCUGAGAUCGUGAACCAAGAUAUUGUGUGCCUUUGUUCUGGAGCAGGACAAAUUUUAUACAUGGUUUUUAACAGUGUAAUAAAUUCAGUCAGGUCCUAGUACAGUCUCUCUUGCUUUUUUUGGGAGGGGAGAUUGACACUGUCCCACACAACCACACUGAACUGUCAAUGUUAAAUCUGUGUCACAUGUAAAAUACAAGGCCAAAUUCUGGGAAACACGAUUUAUGACAAUUAAA